GUCGAUUGGAAAAAAAUCCGAAGAGAGGGGCAAAGAGAAAUCAGAUACGCCUAAAAUGAAGCGAAAAGUACAGCAUGAAGAUGAGGGAUUGUCGGAGAUUGAUAUCAAAAUCCCACAUUUGAAAAAGAUAAGGCGUUAUAAAGAACAGAAACCGGAAGGAUCGUCGGUGCAGGAUGACUAUGUACUCAGUAAACUACUGAGAAAUGCUGGAGUGAUUUCGGCUCUUCAGCAUGACCAGAUUUUUUCCGGAAGUAUCGCAGAUGAUCAGCUUAUUGAAGACGAAGCUAAUGCCGUAGCUGCAGAGGCCGCAGCUUCGUUGAGACGUUCGAGAUUUAUGUCAACAGCAGCUACUGAAAAGCCUAAAUUUGGACUUCGGAAAGCUGCCGCUUUUCAACGAUUUAUGGAAAAUGAUGACAGUCGUGAUGAAGCAAAUGCAGAUGAGCCAACUUUCAGUGGCGCAGCACUUUUGAGAGAGAAUAAAUCUGACACAAGUUUAUUGGACGCAAUUCGUCGACGAAAACAGCGUACUUUUGAUACUUGGAAGCUGAAUGAAGAGCGUGUUGAAGAGGAUUAUCCUUCAUUGCACAACGUUUCCACUCAAAAAAGUUCAAAAAAACUUAACAAAUAUGAAAAAUUGGCUGAGGAAAUCCGUUCUUUUUUCGCCAUUCGAAACGGGACAGCGUCGACUGAAGAGAUUUUGCAAAACUUCAAGAAUCGUGUUCCAGUGGAAGAUUCAUAUCAAUUUCGUUCUAUUCUCAGACGUCUUUGCAAACUGCAGAAGGACACGAGUAUCUGGUUUCUCAGAGACGAGUUUCAGUGAAA